UUACCUGCACUUAAAGAUAGCUCAGGAGAAGAGGGCAUCGCUCGGCCUAAGAACCUAAGACAGCCCUCUGAAACGAAGCAAGAGCAAGCCCCAAGCAAUUUCACUUCCCCCAGCAAGGCCUAGCCCUAGCCUUGUGGCCUGAGCCCCUGGGCUGCAUUUCCGGCAACCUCGGGGCCACAGUCCCCAGGGUAGGAAGCAGGCUGCAAGGACUACAGCCCUGCAGAACUCAAGGUCUGCAGGGGAAGUUGCAGGCAGGGCUGGCCACUGCAGUUCCCAGGCUCCCACCUCCCCUCCUGCAAUGCUUCCUGUGGCUUCUGGCACUAGGGGCAGCAGCCCGGACCUGUUCCAGGUUGGCCUAGCGCCUCCUCCAGGAAAUGCAAAAGAUAUCCUACUGCUACAUGAAGAAGAUGCUGAGGAAUGGGCUCUAUACUUGAGAGAAAUAUUUAUGCAUGUUGUAGAAAGAGAAGCAAUCCUGUUAUAUCCCUUGCACAGUUUUUCUUCCUCACAUUUGGAAGUGCUAAACUUAAAUGUUUACAAAUGUAAACUUCUGAUAUUAUCUAACAGUCUACUUAAAGACCUGACAUCAAAGAAGUGUCAGUUUCUGGAGAAGGUACUUCACUCGAGAGGAAGUGUCGUGACUCUGCUUUGUGGGAUGGAGAGCUCAGAUCCUUUCUAUCAGUUAUUCAGUAUCCCCAGAAGGAGAUGGGAGAUCUCUACAGAGCAGGAGCCCGAUGACUACCUCUCUGUCAUCAGACAGAUCUUAGACCAAGGUCCUGAAGACUACCUUGAGGUCAACAUUCCAACAGACUCAAGAGCAAAAUAUCCCGAGGACACAAGCGGACAGGAGGAAAGUGACAAUGUAGCAACUUUGGGACCAUCUGUGCCUCAAGUACUAGUGCUUCCUGGGGAAAUUCCAUGUGAGAAUCCUGGUGAGAUAUUCAUUCUGUUGAAAGAUGAACUAAUUGGUGAAAUUCUAGAGGUUGAAUUUAUAUCAACUAGCAAGCGCCUUAGAACACGGCCAGCACAUUGGAAUAAGAGUGUCUGGCAUAUGAAAGCUGCAGAUUUUCCAGCUGGCUCGGUCACCGUCAAUAUCCACUGUGAUGGAAUCAUUAAGGCCACAACAGAGAUUAAAUACUGUUCAGCAGCAAAAGCAACAGAAAGUCCAUUUAGAGUGUCAGACACUGGCAAGAAUUUGUGCCAGCAGAAAAACAUGGAAGAGCUUGAUACCGUUCUUACAUCUAUAUUCAAGUGUGAGAUACCACAUUAUGAAUUCAAACAUCUCCAAACUGAAACUUCCCUUCAAAAAGAAAAUACUCACACCACAGAGCUUCCAACACUUCUCCACUGUGCAGCAAAAUUUGGCUUAAAGAAUCUGGCUCUUCAUCUGCUGCAGUGUGCAGGAGCAGCCUGGGCAGCUAGGAUCCAGUCUACGGAUGGUUCAGACCUGCUGCAUAUUGCUGAGAGUCAUGGGCAUGAAGAAGUCAAAGACAUCUUUGAAGACUUUCUCAGCCAAAACACUGGCAGAAAUAAUGAGGAAGAAAAUGACUACGAAGAAGAUGUAAUCUCAAUUUCUACAUAUUCACCCUCCAUGCAGUCUCCAGCAUCUCAUCAUGAACUCGGAAAGACACACAGGCAGAGCACAGACAGAUCUGAGGAGCCUGAAAGGUCUGUGGACACAACCGAGGAAGAGGCACGCGCUGAGGCAAGCCCCGUCCUGCCAGAGGUCGACAGGGAAAGCUCUGAGAACCAGUACGAUGAUCUGUAUGUGUUCAUCCCUGGGUUUGACACUGAGGGCAACUCUGAAGAGCCUCUCCCACACUGCCGGCCACCUCUGCCCCCACCACGACCAGGGGCUGCUGCUGCCUGCCAACUCGAAAGACCUCACUUUACCUCACAAGGGAAAAUGCUGGAAGACCAAAUGGGAAGAAGUCAAAACUGGACUGAACUCAAUGCAAGACAAGAGACAAGAGAGGAACCAGGCAAAGAAGAAAAGAGAGAAGCAGCACAGCUGGAGGAGGAAGAGGAAAACCCAUACGCCUUUGCAGAGACUGACGACAAUGAGUAUGAUCUGAUACUGGCCAGUAAGAGUGUAAAGAAAAGAACUGGAAAUCUGUCUUUCAUUAUAAACAGACCACCGGCCCCCACACCCCGGCCCACCCACAUCCCUCUCAAAGAAGAAACAACACCUUACAUAGCUCAAGUGUUCCAACAAAAGGCGGCCAGAAGGCAAUCUGAUGGUGACAAGUUCUACAGUCUCCCUAAGAAACCCGACAAAACUCGGAUGGAGAGCCCAACCUUCCCUAGUACAAGGGAUUAUCUGACCACUGGGCAGGACGAACUGAUCCUCCUGCAGGAGAGGGUCAAGAAUGGGAAAAUGUCUGUGGAUGAAGCUCUAGAGAAAUUUAAACAUUGGCAGAUGGGAAAGAGUGGUCUGGAAAUGAUUCAGCAGGAAAAGCUACGCCAACUACGAGACAACAUUAUUGGGAAAAGACCAGAAGAUGAAAAUGCCUACGAUAAACUGACCAUUGUGCACCACACAAGUAGCAAUACUGCCCACAAUGAAAAUAUGUUGUACAACAGUCCCUUCAACAGUAAGUUUCCCGCUCCAAUCCAAGUUGAAAAGGAAUUUGGUUUCUGCUUCAAAAAAGAUCACUAAAAAAGAUCAUUAUAAUCAAACUCAAGAAUCUGCAACCAUGUUGCACCUAGGUGAAGCAAGCCUCAUUCUGGAAUAUCUGGUCUCUGGGGCUAAUCUACAUGUACAAAGGACACAAGCGUGCCUUUGGAUUUCAGAAUGUGUCAGCACCACAAUUCAUUGAUACUAUACAACUUCAGCUGGAUAUAACAAAAGAUGGAGACUUAUGACAUUCUCUGAAAAUCCAUUCAUUUUUACCACAACUUUUAUCACUGGAGCACCUCAUUUUCCCAUCUUAAAAAUUAAAGAAAAAAAUCAGACAAGUAAAAUGCAGUCUAGCAAAAUUAUGGAACCAAACUAUAAAGAUUGUUCUUCCCGUUGUUCCUCUCCUUCAACUAAGAACUUAGUCUAUAUUUGCUCUUUAAUGACAAUCUUCCGUCUGCCUUUCUUGCAUUUAGAACCAUGAUGUUCUUGUGACAUCCUGUUUUCAGAUAGCUUCUUCUACUUACUGUCUAUUUGAAUCUUUGAAAUGUACUUUUAUUCACAGUUUUCUUUAGUUGAUGGUGUUUGGUGUUUUGGUGAUAAGCAAGCACUCUGCCAGCGAACCAGUCUUCAGCCCUCUACACUGUUUUCUGAAGUCAUGUUAAAUGUUCUAUUAAUUAAUAAUGUGUACUGUGAGAUUUCAGAACAUGGAUGCAUCACAUGUUGGCUGUGUUCAUCCUCGACUCUUCCAGAAGACCUUUUCCCAUGCUGCCCUGUCCCCAAGUCCUUACUAAAUGUCUUUCUCUCAAAUUAAAAGAUACUUUUACAAAUUGUUUUUAUUA